AUGGCAUCAACUAGCAAAUCUCGGAUUCCUCCACCACAUUCAGCAAGCUCAACCAACGACUCCAUUUGGGCACCUGAAACCUCCGCUUCUGGACAGCAAACACCAAAUAGUCCUUCUCUGAGGUCUGCUGGUCCUGGUUCUGCUGCUGGAUCGUGGUAUGAUAGCGUACUGGGAGAAGAACCUGAAGGAGGUGCUGGUGGUCGAGGUGAAAACAUACGUGUCGUGGUCAGAUUACGACCUCUUACGGAAUCAGAGAGAAUAAAAGAAGAUACUGUGGGAAACACAACAAGUGCCAUACAAUGGCAAGAGGAGGAUGAGCAGACCAUUCAGAUAACAGCGCCAGAUGGUCGUAUUAGACCGCUGACGUUUCAUCGAGUCCAUAAUCCUCUGGCUGCUCAGCAUGACAUCUUUGAGACCUGUGGUGUCAAGGAUUUGGUGGUUCAAGCUCUUAAUGGAUACGCCGCCACGGUGUUUGCAUUUGGUCAGACUGGAUCUGGAAAGACGUUUACAAUAACAGGUCCAGAUGUCACGUCAACAACUCCUCAAAACCGACCAAUAUACACGACAGAGCAGCCAUUACCAGAGACAGCUGGUAUCAUCCCAAGAUCGCUACGAUACCUUUAUGAUCAGCUCUCACGACUUCCAGCAGACAGUGGAAUAAAGUACACUGUUCGUGCAUCGUACCUCGAAAUCUAUAACGAACAGGUCCAAGAUUUGCUGAAUAGGAGGGGCACUGGACUGAAUGUCAGAUGGGAUCAAGAGCGAGGAUUCUUUGUCGAGAAUCUUUUUGUCGUUGAGUGCGAGGUGUUAGAUGAUUGUCUAGCAGUCUUGGAAGAAGGUCUGAGGAAUAGAACGACAGCUGCACACGCUAUGAACGAGCAUUCAUCACGAUCGCAUUCUGUUAUGACUGUAUAUGUUGAUGCUGACUCAACAGCAGAAGAUGGAAGUGUGACAAGGCGAAAUGGCAAAAUCAGCUUCGUAGAUCUUGCUGGCAGUGAAAAGGUCAAGGAGUCCAAAACCUCUGGUGAAACGUUUGGAGAAGCUUUGAGUAUUAACAAGUCACUGCUGACGCUAGGAAUCUGCAUAUCGGCUUUAGCAACACCACAUCGAAAACAUGCUCACAUACCCUUCCGAGAUUCCAAAUUGACACGAUUGCUAGCUGAUUCUCUUGGUGGAUCAGGUCUAGCGUUAAUGAUUGCCUGUAUAUCACCCACCACCGUUUGCCUUUCCGAAACUCUGAAAACGCUCCAUUACGCCAAUCGAGCCAAACGAAUACGGAAUCGACCCAUGGUACGAUUAGGAAAUGCUGGUGGAGCCGGUGGAGAGGGUGUCAACAAUCUCAGAAGAGAGCUUAUGGCUGUCAAAUUGGAGAAUGCUAGAUUACGAGAACUAUUAAUAACAACGCAAUCCACCUCCGCUGGUCGUGAACGAGUACAUUCAGCUCCUGGACCCAUGAUAUCAUCUCGUAUUACUCUACCACCAGUCACGUCAAGUUCAAGUAGUGGAAGUGAUUCCAGAGCAAGUAUAGCUGAAAGCAACGAUGGUCUAAAAGCCGAAAUUUCUGAAUUGGCUGCUGCUAAACGACGAUCAGAACGUGCUUUCGCUGCACUAGCACGCGAACACGAAGCCCUGAGAUGGCAAGUCAGCUCGUCACGAUUAGGAUCUGGAGCAGCUACGCCGUUGACUGCUUCGAUACAGAGUGACUCGCCUUGGAGUGCUAGUAGUGGCUCGACAUCAGAGGACGAUUGGUGGGGCCAACAAACAGCUAGAGCUAGUGACGCCAGUAGCUCAGAACGAUCAUUGAUUGCAGGUGGCGGACGAGGCCGAAGGUUGAAUAGUCUUGGUAGUGGGAGUGCUGACAAGGCAUCUGAACGAAAUGCUCCCACCACUCAGAAGAUACAGCCUCCAUCUGCUGUCUCCUCAAAGAAUAGUCCAAUCCCACCUACUACAAGGAAUAGAAACUCCUUCAAUCGAGCAUCACGACAAUCAUCCUCCCACUUCGCAGCCCAAACCAUGUCUCCAACAUCCCCAAUAUCACCAACAUCCGCUGGCAAAAUACCUCCACCUCUCUCCCGACGACCAACGAAUCCAAUCAUGCAACCAAUACCACAACCUAUACCCCAACAACAGAUGCAGCAGCAAUAUGGUUCUCCUAUGCCAUACACGCAUAAUCCAUACUAUCAGGGUAUGGUGCCUAUGAUGGCUCCUCAGCAGGUUAUGGUCGCACCUCAGCAGGUUGCUGCUGUCAGCAACAAUAACAAGGCCAAUCUUCGUGAAAAGCUGUUGAGGGAUGUUCAAAGUCUUGAUCAACAAAUCAAUAAUCUGAAACGCUAA